UUGCAUAGUUCUAAGUGCAUUUUGAAGCAUUAAUCGGAAGGGUUUAGGCGUCAGGGUUCAGUAACUUGCGUAAGGAGUGCUCGUGCAAUCGUCGUGUUCCUUAAACGUUAUAUUUAGCACAUUAGGUUCCAUAAGGAUUUAUGUACUCGUAGAAAUGGAUGCUUUAAGUGGAGGACAAGUUUUACCAGGCGGCGUGCUUGAGGUUCGGACGCAUAAUCGGAAAGGGCGGAGCCUGUACACCACUCGACUUGUGAAGGGUGGCGAGACUGUCCUGGAUGAAGCACCGCUGCUUCUCCUCGUUGCCCCGGAAACGGCGCAGUCCACCUGCAUAGCAUGCCUACGGGCCGUUCGGCCGCAAGAGUGCAUCGAGUGCUCCGUGUGCCGCCAGGCGUGCUUCUGCAGCGCGACCUGUCAGCAAACAGCCCAAGGGACACCUUGGCUGCACUCGCAGCCCCUCUGCAGCGCCUACGCACGGCUCGCCAUGUUUGGGCUGCCGCCUGAACAGCAAUCCCAGCUGCGGUUCCUGCUGCACGCUCUUGCGCUGCGGCACGCGGGCACUGCAGAGGCAGGCGAGUUGGGAGCCGGACCCCAACCACUGGGGAAAACCCCAAUCGGGCGCCACAACCAGGAAAAAGGGCAACGCAGGUUCGCCGCGCUGUCAUGUCUGGUGGGCGAGGCCACGGAGGCGGAGCGGGCUGUGGCGGCUAGGCUGGCACCCCUGCUGGUGGAAGCCCUGAGAGAUCUCCAGGGAGUCGGCGGCUCCCUGCCCAUACCUUGGGACGUAGAGGAGCUGGCCAGGUUGCUGCGGAAGGAACAACUCAACUCCUAUGGCGUGUUGGCGGCACCCUACCAGUACCAGCACCAUCACCAUCACCAUCACCAUGGAGGAACCGCGGCGCCUGGACCCGGCUGCAGCGGCGAAGGUGGCAACGGCCAGACGGCCCCCAAGAGCAGUUGCGGUGCGGGUUGCAGUGGCGGCGGCAGUGGCGGGGAAGCGGGGGAUGGCGAGCGGCGGCUGCGGGGCAGCGCCCUGUACGCGCAGGCCUCCCUGAUCAACCACGAAUGUCUUCCCAACGUGGCGCGGUUUGACGACUUUGACAGCGACCUCCCCGACCGCACCCACGUCACAUUCCGCGCGCUGCACGACCUGCCUCCCGGUACGGAGCUGGCUCAGAGCUACGUGCCGCUGCACUGGGAUCUGGCGGAGCGGCAGGCGCAGUGCAGGGAGGUGUACGGCUUCGCCUGCACAUGCCCCCGGUGCCAGACGGAGUCCCGAUGGAGCGAUGAUGAUGAUGAUGACGAGGGUGAGGAGAGCGAGUGGGAGACGGACAGCGGCGGCGGGAACAUGGAGGCCGAUGGCGAGGACCGGGGGGCACCUGCGGCGGGCGGCGGGGAGGCCGCUGCUAUGCCGGGCGAUGGCGGUGUGGAGAUCGAGAUGCAGGAAGCCCAGGCAGGCAGGCCAACCAGCCAGCAGGCAGGCAAGCAGCCUGCCCUGCAGCGAACAAAGGGCGAGGAAGCCCGAGGCCCUUUCGGGGUCGAGGCCUUCGGAGAGCUCUAG